UAAAAAGAAAGAUUCUGAUAAAUCCGCGGGAGGUGUCUGACAGUAAUUGAAAAACUCACCGUCCACGGCGGCCCCGAUCCAUACGCGGCAUCUGAUGUCGCCAGCCACGUAACAGCUAACCGCCACUGAAUCCCAAAUCGAUAAGCUCUUCGUCUUCCUUCGAUCUCAAGUUUCUUCCUUUCUUAUGAACCCCAGGUGGAGCUCUUUACCUCUCGCUUCUGUAAAUCAGAACAAUGGCUUCGAAGAAUCCCCAAAACCAUAGUUCUCUCUAUCCCCAAAUCAUCGAAUCUAAUCCAGAAGCUACUUCUCCCUUCUUAUCAUCUAACACCAAAUCUUCGUCUAUGUAUCCGGAGGUGGGUUCGUUGGACCCGUCGAAGGAUCUGAAACCCUCUUCCUCCUCUUCUUCCUCUCUCUAUCCCUCUCUGGACAUGAGAGACCUCGUCGAAAAUCUUUUCCCAGACAAUGAUGAAUCUGUUAAGAACCCUAAUUCUCAAUCCCCUUCCUCCGCUUCAGCCCCAGUCGAAUCGGUGGAAGAGGUUCUCAUCAAGGUUCAAGGAGCCAUUGUCCAUCUCAUCGACAAGCAAUACAGCGUCGAACUCGCUAACGGUGAGCUGACAAUCGUUCGCCUUCGGCAGGGCGAGAACGUUGUGGCUAUUCUUGUCCGUAUUGGUGAUGAGAUCCAGUGGCCUCUGGCCAAGGACGAGCCUGCCGUCAAGCUUGACGACUCCCACUAUUUCUUCUCCCUUCGCUUCCCGACGGGAGAUGGAUCAGAUUCAGGAGAGGAUGAAAAGCAUGGGAAUGAUGAGUCGGAGAAUCUGUUGAAUUAUGGUCUGACAAUCGCGUCCAAGGGACAGGAGAGCUUGCUUAAGGAGCUGGAUGGUAUUUUGGAACAUUAUAGUGCCUUCUCCGUGCAGAAGGUGUCGGGUAAAGAAGCACAGUCGGAGGUAUUGGAUGGAUCAGUGGCGAAGGCGAUCGCUCCGUCCGAGUUGAAAUCAGAGAAGAAAAAGGAGGAGAUGAAGGAGAGAUCUGCGGCUUACUGGACGACGUUGGCUCCCAAUGUCGAGGAUUACAGUGGGACUAUUUCCAAGGGGAUUGCUGCUGGUUCUGGGCAGGUAAUCAGGGGGAUUCUCUGGUGCGGUGAUGUUACGGUCGAUAGAUUGAAGUGGGGGAACGAAAUUCUACAGAAAAGGAUGGGACCCGCUACGGACAAGGAGAUCAGCCCUCAAACUCUGAAGAGGAUCAAGAGGGUUAAGAAGAUGACCAAGAUGUCUGAGAAAGUGGCAACUGGAGUUCUUUCUGGGGUGGUGAAGGUUUCUGGUUUCUUUACUAGCACUAUCGUAAAUUCAAAGGCGGGCAAGAAAUUUUUCAGUCUCUUGCCGGGUGAAAUCGUCCUCGCUUCUCUUGAUGGAUUUAACAAGGUAUGUGAUGCUGUUGAAGUAGCUGGAAAGAAUGUGAUGUCUACGUCCUCGGUUGUGACAACUGGGCUUGUUUCGCAGAGGUAUGGGGAGAAAGCCGGUGAGGCAACCAAUGAAGGGCUUGAUGCUGCUGGGCAUGCUAUAGGUACUGCUUGGGCCGUCUUUAAGAUACGCAAGGCUCUCAAUCCAAAGAGCUCCUUGAAGGCCUCAUCCCUGGCGAAAUCUGCUGUUAAAGCUAAAGCUGCUGAGGUGAAGGCUAAAAAUUCAAAGUAAUCACUGAUGAGUAGUGGUAGUAGUUGUUUUGACUGCUGCUGUUUGUUAUUCGUUGGUUGAUAAUUCAUGUAACACCAAGUUGUUGUUUGGGUGGUGGAGAUACGGAAGGCAUGUAGGUGGAAGGAAAACUCAAUGGUGUUACAUAUUCACCAGGUGAAUCUGGUUGUGUAUAUUAUUUUUUUGAUUCAAAAAAACAAGAAAUACAACCUGCUACUGGAUGGAACUAUUAGUAAUAUUA